CAAAUUCAGAAAUAUUCCAGUUCACUAGCUGAGCUUUGGUUUCCAUAUCAGAAAACCAAAACUCAACAUCAUCUCCUUGUUUCUAUCUUCAAAUCUCAGAUCAUAAACCUUUCUUUCCAUUUUGAUCUCUCGCAACUGCUGCUGUGUUUCACUAUUUGAAAAAAGGUCAGAUAAGCAGAGAUGAAUGAUCUGAUGACCAAAUCCUUCACCAGCUAUGUGGACCUGAAGAAAGAGGCCAUGAAAGACCUGGAAGCUGGUCCUGACGCUGAUCUAGAGAUGCAAAACGCAACAAACACCAUGGAUCGUAACCUCAGCCUAUUCCUUGAAGAAGCUGAGACUGCUAAGAAAGAAAUGGAAUCAAUCCGCGAGAUUCUAGUUCGUCUCCAAGAAUCCAAUGAAGAAAGUAAAUCCCUACACAAACCAGAGUCCUUAAAAUCAUUGCGCAACAAGAUAAACACAGACAUUGUCACUGUCCUCAAAAAGGCAAGAGCCAUCAAAUCCCAGCUAGAAGAAAUGGACCGCGCCAACGCAGCAAACAAACGCCUCUCUGGGUAUAAAGAAGGAACCCCAAUUUACAGAACUAGACUUGCCGUCACCAAUGGUCUGCGAAAGAAGUUGAAGGAUCUCAUGAUGGAUUUCCAGGGGUUAAGGCAGAAAAUGAUGACUGAGCACAAAGAAACUGUAGAGAGGAGAUAUUUCACAGUGACUGGAGAGUACCCAGAUGAAGAGAUCAUUGACAAGAUAAUCUCUGAUGAAAAUGGAGGUGAAGAGUUCUUAAAACGAGCAGUACAAGAGCAUGGAAAAGGGAGAGUAUUAGAGACAGUGGUGGAGAUACAAGACAGGCAUGAUGCAGCAAAAGAGAUAGAGAAGAGCUUGUUGGAGCUGCACCAGGUGUUUUUGGACAUGGCAGUAAUGGUGGAGGCACAAGGUGAGCAGUUGGAUGAUAUUGAGCACCAUGUGUUGAAUGCUAGCCACUAUGUGAAGGAUGGAGCCAAAGAGCUCAAGAGUGCUAAAGAUUACCAGAGGAGCAGCAGGAAGUGGAUGUGCAUUGGGAUUAUACUUUUGUUGUUAAUAAUUCUUGUGAUUGUGAUUCCUGUUGCUACUAGCUUCAGCCAUUCUUGAAGGAUUUAAUGCCCUGUUAUAUUCCUUCUGGUUUUCUUGAUUUUCUAUUGUUAUCGGUUUAUUCCUUCAAGUAAUUUUGUAUCAGUAGACAUAUAUAUCAACCUGUUAUUAUAAUCAUUGAUCGAUUAAUGAAGGUAACACAUUGUCCU